AGGAGUGAAGUUGCAUCGAUCUGCCACUCACUCCCUAUGGUGCUAUCGCGAAGUCUGGUUUUAAAUCUUUCUCUUUCAAAUUUCUAGUUCAACUGUGGCACAUGCCAUCUAGCUUCUAACAUGUCUUCGCCAGUAACUUCAUUGACCAGGUACAGCCAGGCAUUACGUUUGUCCUUCCGUUCAAUUCCUUGGCAAUACGAUUUCGUAAUUGAGAUUAUCACAAGUGCUGUACUUCAGCUACUCACGGAAUAUACCAUGCCUCGAUCUCAGCGAACUUUCAAUCUACCUACACUCACGCUGGCAUCGCAGGAUGCGGCGAGCCAUCAUUCCACGUCUCAGACUGUGCCUAUGCCACCGAGCUCUUUGGGCCAAAUGAUUGAAGAGCGUACUCCCGAGCCAGAAAAUGGAGACUCGUAUCCAGCUCCAGGCAUGGAUCAUGGACGUUCUAAGAAACGCAAAACAGCCACCGAAUUAGGCCUCGAGGUUACCAGGGAGCGCAAACUCGCUUGUCCAUAUUACAAGAAAGAUCCCACAAAGCACAGUACAAUCAACGCCUGCUGCGGUCCUGGGUGGGAUUCCAUAUCUCGAUUGAAGGAAUACUUGUAUCGGAGGCAUGCUUUCUCAUCAAAACUUAGAUGUCAAAGAUGCUUCGAUGUGUUUGAUGACAUGAAGACUCUUCAGAACCAUGCUCGUGCAGCCCAGCCAUGAAUGGUCCGGCAAACUGACACAACUGAAGGCUUUGAUGAGGACAUCGAGGAGUUACUGAGGUCUAGAAAGUGACAAGAAAAUCAUAUUACCAGAGAAGCUAAAAGGGCGGACAUAUUCCGGCUUCUGUUCCCGUAUGACGAUAUUAUACCCCUGCCGUAUUACGAGCACGAGCAGAAUCAGUUUCCGGAUGCAAACCAAGAGCCUAACCUACAGGGCUACAGGGACUACAUCUGCGGAGAAUUAUCGCCACUGCUCCGAGAUGAGUUGAAAUCAGAAAUCGCCGAUGAGCUUGAUAUCUUUGAGGAACGAGUACGAGAGCGUGCGGUCGAGGUUUUCUACAAGCUUGCACCCAAAGUACUGGAUCGCUACUGCAGCAGCAGAUCGAAGCAGCACGAACAUUCCAACAUUUCAGAUGGCAAA